AUGGUCUUCCGCUGGAUCGUCAACGCAGGCCUCAUAGCCAUCCCAAUCGGCAGCACCCUCGGCGUCCUCUUCGGCAUCGACGCAUCACGACAAGCAUCCGGCCAAGCGCCAUUGUUCAGCGGCGGCGACAGCAAUAGUGGCACCGGCGGCAGCAGUGGUGGAAGUGGAGGUUCUGGGGGUUCUGGAGGCUCUGGGUCAUCAGGAGGAAGUUCUUGGUCGGAUAGUACUGGUGCUAUUGCCCAAGGAAGUCACUACAAUGAAACAGAGUUGGGAGUAACGCUGUCGCGGUAUUGCAAUUUAUCGCUGGGAAUUCUGCCGCCGGCGAAGGGGGGAUUGAACUACUCACUCAAUCCUAAUCAAUGGGGUGUUGCCGCUGCCGGUGGUACUGACGCCGAUUCCCAAAUGUGCAUGAAUGUCACCACAUUCCUCAACGAGACAUAUCCCACAAAAUUAUCCGCGCCCGAGUGGUCAGUCACCUGGCAAUACACACCCUUUCCAUCGACCCAACCAGUGCACGGCUACCCCAACGUCGAGGUAGCCGAUGGAUUACCCGUGACACUGUCAGACUUAAAAUCAUUGAAUGUCGACUUGGCGUGGACAUACGCCCUGGGCGACACACCCAAAGAUACUUCCGACACGCCGGAGUUUGACUCCGUCUCCCUCAACACCAACGUUGCCAUCGAUAUGUUUUUCGACAGUAUCAAAGAGAAUGCCACUGACAGCACAAUCUCCGAGUACGAAAUCAUGGUGUGGUUUGCUCAUUACGGCGAUGCCGCGCAGACCAUUGGUAACGCCUCUGGUAUCGUAGACACAAAGAUUGUCAACACAACUACCUUCGACCUCUACUACGGCAACCACACUGCCAGCCAAGGCGUCCUCCAGCAUGUAUACACAUGGGUCGCUUCCGAGACCACAGAGUCGUUUACGGGUGACAUCUCACCACUCAUCACCGCACUGACCAGCAAGACUGGCACGCGCUACCCUUCGACGAGCGAUUACAUGGGCGUAUUCGGCUUUGGAUCCGAAGCGUACUCCGCCGAUCAGAAUGUGACCUUUUACGUUCCCAAACUUCAAGUAGAUAUAGAGACUUGA